CUGUGUCAGAGAAAAGUACAAGCAGCUUCUACGGGUUGUAUAGCGGUUGUACACAGUAUAGUUAGGGCAAAGCGCUGGUACAUGUACAACCACAAGACAGUGCGUGCACCUCUUAAAGGGUUAAAUGUAGCCUCCGCGAAGACCUUAACAUCUGAUAAAUAUUAAUGAGCUCAUUUGAAUGACGUUGGGAUGUAUUUAAAAGGUGGACAGGAAGCGAAACUGGAAAUUGAAAAAAGGUUUGGUUUCUUUGUGCUGAACUUGGGAAAAACACUGUUUAGAUUUCUGUCAGUUCUGAGCUUAUUAGAUGAAAAGCAGUGACGUGUAAAGAGAGAAUCAUGCGGCUAAAGGAACCACUGUCCUUCGAGGAUGUUGCAGUUCACUUUUCAGAAGAUGAGUGGAAGAUGUUGAAUAAAGAGCAAAAGCAGUUACACAGGGAUGUGAUGGAGCAAAAUUAUGAAACCAUGGUUUCUGUGGGUUACAGCAUCCCAAAGGAAUGCUUAUUGCUGCUCUUUAAGAAGGAUGAAGUCCAUCCUCGUGAUAUAAAGCAGGAAGCCAGCAUACAGCGGAAUGAGGAACAUGUCUUAGACAGACUGCAAACGAAACACAAUGAGCAGUGGAAUCGUCAAGCAGCCACGAGGAACACACAUCAUAUCUGGGCAACUGAUGUGUUUCUUGGUCGGAAUGUCGGUGGAUUUUUUGUCCAGCAGAGCAGUCGCCCUGGACAAAAUAAGUAUGAAAUCACUAAAUGCAAGAAUAAUGUCAAGAAGGAAGUAACUCAUGUUUCUCAGUUGCAUAGUCAGGAAGAGACGCUAUACAAGUGUGAUGAAUGUGGAAAAUGUUUCAAAGUAAAGAGAACUCUAAUUCGGCAUCAGCAUGAACAUACAAGAGAAGAACCACAUGAGUGUAGUGUAUGCAAAAAAUAUUUCCCUUUUAACUGGAGCCUUGAACUUUGCCAGUCUUUUCACACUGAAGAGAGGCCGUAUGAAUGCAGGCACUGCUUAAAAUGCUUUAAAACAAAACAAACACUUACCGUACAUCAACGUGUUCACACAAAAGAAAAGCCCUAUGAAUGCAGAGAGUGCAGGAAAUGUUUCAAAACAAAACAGUGCCUUAGUACCCAUAUGCAAAUUCACAGUGGAGUGAAACCAUAUGAAUGCAAUGCAUGCAGCAAAAGUUUUUCAAGAAAUCAGAGCCUUCUUAUCCAUCAACGUGUUCACAGUGGAGCAAAACCUUAUGAAUGUACCGAGUGCAGGAGAUGUUUUAAAACAAAACAAAGCCUUAUUAGCCAUCAGCGUAUUCAUACAGGGGUGAAGCCCUUUGAAUGCAAUGAGUGCGGGAAAUUUUUCAGAACAACACAAUGCCUGAUUACCCAUCAGCGUAUUCACACUGGAAUGAAACCUUAUGAAUGCAGUGUGUGCAGGAAACGUUUUGCAACAAAGCAUCACUUUGACAGCCAUCAGCAUGUUCACACUGGAGUGAAACCAUAUGAAUGUAAUGAGUGCAGGAAACGCUUCAUAACAAAACAACACCUUACUAAGCAUCAGUUUAUUCACACCGGAUUGAAACCAUAUGAAUGCAGUGUGUGCAAGAAAAGUUUUUCAGCAAAGCAGUACCUUAAUAUCCACCAUCGUAUUCAUACUGGAAUGAAGCCCUUUGAAUGUGGUGUAUGCAAGAAACGUUUCUUAACAAAACAGAAUCUUUUUAAACAUAAGCGUGUUCACUCUCAUUAACUGAGAGAGACCGUGCUAAUGUAUCACAUGCAAGUGAAGAAGACAGCAUGUUAGCUUAGUAGUUUAUACCUUGUAGCUCAGUAGUAUGGGCUUCAGUCUUUCCCUGUUUGUUGUCAUCUGAGCGUUAACCCUUGUUUGCAUGGAUUUCCUCCUUGUAAUGUGGUUUCUUUCCAUCUUCCAAACAUAUUGAUUGUUUUCUAUAAGUGCUCACAUAUAUUGUGCUGUAUUUUUAUUGCUCAAAUCAAAACUGAAAAAGCUUAGCAGUAAACUUGUUCCCCAAUUCAAUUAGCAAAUAAAUAGCUGUUACUGUGAGGAUGAGUAACUUGACAGUCACGUGAGAGGCCUUAUGAAUGUAAUAAGUGUACAAAAUGCUUCUGAGCACCCUUUCUAUCACUGUUUGACAAGCCUACUUGGCAAGGCAAGAGGCCAAGAAACAUUUAAGUAUAAAAAGAGUGGUUAAUAAAAGAAAUGAUAUAUGCUACUCACAGCUGUUCUUGAAUUCCAGCAGAGGUGUUACAUACUAGAAGUUGAAAAUUAUUUAAAAAAAUAAAUAUUUGCACUUGAAAACUGACAAAAGCUAUAUAUAGAAUGCUAAUCUAAGAUCCAUAAUAAAACAAAACCGUGUAAAUCAAGUAAAACUGGCCCAGACAGAGAGAGAGAGUUGUAGUGGAGAUAAUGCUAUAGUCGAUGGAACCGUCAAGAAAAGGAUGAAGUAUGAAGUUGAGGAAAAAACGAAUUUGACAUGGCACUUAACUUAUGCAGAAGAGAAAGUCAUACAAACUGAUAUGACUACAACAAUCUGAAAUAGUUUUUAAAGAUAACCUAGUCCUAUGAUGUAAAGGGACGAAUCCCCAACUCUGAACCAAACCCAGAUUUGAUUAGCUGCUUGAGUACUGAAAAGGUUAGGACAGGAUGUAGGAAUUGGUAGUCACCACCAGCUUGCCCAUCCUGGGUGUGAGGGAGGCAGCUUGAUCUAUUGCACGCUGCCCCUGCAGGAGUGUAGAGAAAUGACAUUAACAACUAUUGGAGUUGGGGAUGCUUCAAGCUGUAUGUAAACCAGGAAGCAUGCAGUGAUAUUCAGAAGCACGUGGGGAUCUUUCUGGGCAGAACCAUAUGUGUAAUCCACAACCACUGAGGGAAGUUAGCCUAGAGGUAUGUACAACUUGCAGGCUCACCCAUUCCCUAACAUCUAACUCUCACCUCUAGAAGAAUGAAUUGCAUAAAAUGCUCUUGCCCUGGUCAGGAAGAAAAGGAUUUUAGGACUGUUGUUCAGAUUGGGGAAGAGGGACUGUAGGGAUCUGAUCACCACCACUUGAGGAAUGAAGGAGUAGGCUGAGAUCAAGCAUGAGAGCUAUUGCGGGCAGGCAUACAGGGGCUAAAAAAAAGAUAUCUAAAGACGCAUGCAGGCUAGGACACCUAGGCAUGAUAAACACUAACAGAGAAUAACAGUGCAGACGUGGAAUGCAUUGAAGUUAAUGCAGUUUAGUAUUUCAGAAUUGACAGAUAUUAAACAUGAGAUGCUACCCAAAUGCAGACUCCCCGACCUGGAGACUUAUUAAAACAUUUAAAUGUUUUAAGGAGUGUCAGAAGAACUGAACCAGAAUACACACUGCUAAUGCUAAAGAUAUAUACUGAAACAAAUGUCAUAAUUGUUAUCAAAAGAAUCAUUUCAAAACCCAGAUGUGGUUAUAUAAAGUAAGAAAGAUCAGGAAACACAGAUCACAGAAGAAAUUUUCAGCCAAGAUAAAAAUAAUCUAAGGGAAAAUUUGAUAGCACUAAUAAAAACAGGUUGCUUUGUUCCAUUUUUUAUUUAUUUAUUGACCCAGAAAGUCCAAUUGGCUCAGAAACCCAUUUUCAGUGGAGGCCUGGGGUGAAAAGCUCCAUCCACACAUUAUAUAAGAGACAUAUAAAAAAGUGUUAAGAUUACAUAAUGAUUCUAAAACUACAUAUAUACGGCAUGUAAAAAUAGCUAUUAAAUGUCAUUUACAGUAUUCUUAAUUGUUAAUGUAUUACACAUAGUACUAGGUAAGACAUAGUCAGUAAGCAGAUGACUUUUUUGAAUUACAGGAGAUGGAUUUUGAAAUUAAAGGUAAGGAAGAAAGAUAGCAGGGAUAAAAUUUUGUAGGACGGUUAGAAAAAGAGUAGAUUCGAGGAGUCAGGAUGCUAAUUAAUUUAGGCUUAGUCAUAAGAAGACAUUGUAUGAAAUGGAUACAAUUUGGUUUGGGAAAGUUUAUGUUUCAUACAUGUUUGGAGAGGAAUUAUUAAGUUGUUAGGAUAGAUGAAAGUUCAGCAUAGAGGGGUAGACAUAUUACCUCUUUGGGUAGGUGCAGUGAGUGCUGAGUAGAUAGUUUUUUAGGGUGGAUUUAAAUUUGUUGACACAGUCAAUGCUAUUUAUGGUUGUAAGUAGGGGGGGGUCCACUGUUUUACAACAGCAUGUGAGUAAAGGCACUGUCCAGCUCUACACGUGUUAUAUUUCAGACAAAGACUACAUAGGCACUGUCCAGCUCUACAUGUGUUAUACUUCAGACAAAGAAUACAUAGGCACUCUCCAGCUCUACAUGUGUUAUAUUUCAGACAAAGACUACAUAGGCACUGUCCAGCUCUACAUGUGUUAUAUUUCAGACAAAGACUACAUAGGCACUGUCCAGCUCUACAUGUGUUAUAUUUCAAAGACUACAUACAGUAUUGAUGUACUGUUGCUUUAAAAAGCAUUUUAGUUCUGGGUGCAAUUAAGUUUAAUUAAUUGUUAUACUAACAUGAUUGGUCAUUUUGAAUUUUAAACAGUAUUUAUGUGUGGCUGGGUUUGUAGAAAAUGUAUGAUGAAGCAGUGGUUGUCACUGCAAAAGCGCUCACUUUACCUUUGUACAAUAAAUGUGAAGAUUUGUUUUAUUUAGUCUGCUGUGUUGCUGAUUAAUAUGGUUACCUUCCAUCAAGGGCAAGUUUGUUUGACUUUUGGAGUUUGCUGUAUCUGCUUUUGGGGACUGCUUUGAACUGUUUGGGUCGUUUUUACCAUUAGCAGCAGUAUAAUGUAUUAUUUAUUUUUUUAUUUUGAAUAUUAGCUAAAAUUCUGUGUGAUACUUGAACAUCUAGUUACAUGAAAACUGUCCCAAAGGCAUGGUAUGUGCAUGGCACAUAGCAGGACAUUGUCAUUAAUUUAUUUACUGUAUUAAUUAUUGUGCAAGUGUUGCUUUAUUUGUUGCCUUUAAUGCCCCACCUUAUUGUGUGGAAAGUGUUUAUAGAUUGUCCUUUGUAGGCAGUUCAGUAUACUUUCCAUGUUGCUCAUUAACUGUUUUGUCUGCACUUUUAGUAUUUAUGCAAGCACUGCCUAAAUUUCUCUUUUAUUUCUGAUUUUGCUUACAUUGGUCAUGACUGAUUUUUCUUUAUAGUGCAAUUUUAAAUGCAAGCAGUUUUCCAAAAGUGAGUAGUGGUAUAUAGGAGUGCCUCAUCUGAUCCAGCUCUAGUGCAGUUUUGAACUUGCAAAAGUAAGCUAAUCUCUUUCUUCAUAAAAUUUAAACUGCUGUUAACUUGACUUACAGCUGAGCUUCCAAAAGACUGUUGGUGUGUACAUAAACACAGUGAUUGUUUACUGCAUAACCGUUUGGUCGAGGUCGUAUAGUGCAGCAUUUCAUUUUGUUUGAAUGGCACUAACUUUGUUCUUGUUUUUUGCAUACAAUUAAGACAUUUGACACUACAGUGACUAUUUCUAAUCGUGUGUACAAUAAAGUCAUUUGACAUUACAAUGAGA